ACGUGAUGUGUAACGAGAAGAGGUGGAGGGGCAUAACACUAUGCGCCCGGGCAGAACGCGCAAGGUGAUGUGGAGGAAGUUGAUUGGCUUGAAGAGGAGAGGCAAUCUCACUAAGAAGGGUGGGUAUAGGUCCAGGAAACAAGGCCUCACGUCCGGGCGGAACGUGGCCGGCGGCAGCGUGCGAGCCCCAGCCGCCAGCAGUCGUCGACGUGGCAGGGAAGAGGCGGAGGAGGAGGAGGUGGAGGAGGAGACGAAAAGCGGCGCGACGUCAGUUGAGUUACGCGUCUGCUCGCGCUCCAGCGAUGUGACACGCUCUCCGAAAUGA